AUGAGUGGAGGAAAAGUACACUGGUCCCUAUCUUUAAAGAGAAAGGAGAUGUACAAGUGUGGAAACUACCGUGGAAUUAAAUUGUUAUCACAUACGACGAAGGUCUGGGAAAGGGUAUUAGAUGAGAGAUUGAGGUUGGAGGUGGAAGUGUCAAAAGGCCAAUUCGGCUUUAUGCCUGGAAAAGGAACAACAAACCCAGUAUCUAUAUUGAGACAAAUGACAGAAAAGUACAGAGAAAAACAGAAGGAACUACAUAUGAUUUUCAUAGAUCUGGAAAAGGCAUAUGACAGAAUACCAAGACAGGAGCUGUGGAGAUACAUGAGAGAGAGGAAGAUACCAGAGAAAUAUGUAAGAUUGGUGAAAGAAAUGUACAGUGUCACGACACAAGUGAGUGGAGUGGAGUGGAAGUUGGGCUACAUCAGGGCUCGGCAUUGA